GAUCGAGCAACGACCAUGUCUCGUCUUCGUGGCUCGUCGUCGAUUAAGGAAGGCUCGAAAGUGUCCUCGUUCUCCACGGAUCGUUUCCACCACGAGCAGCCGGAUCGCGCGUUAAAGUCGUGCAAGAGCAACUCGAAUCGCUACCAUUUCGGUAUGACGAGGCAACCGAACGACGAGGUGAGCAAGAACGGUCGUGACUAUAAGGAGCAUGUGAACGCGAACGCCGACUUGUUGUACAAAAAGAGCAAGGAGCACUUUGGCGCCUGGGACAUCAAGGACAUCGUCCAGGACGAGAGUGUCGGGCCGAGGAAGCAGACGGUGGAUCGAUUCGAAGGUAACGAUGCUCGAUUGAUCAACGGACGAUCGAGAGACGAUCGCGUGGAGACGCCGCGCGCGAGAACGCGUACGGGAUCUGUCGAUCGUGAGCAGGACGGAUCGCACGGGUCGAGAAGGAAAGAGAAUUGGGAAAAUUCGAAGCUGAGACGAUCGAAGCGCGACGACGACGACGACGACGACGACGACGAGAUCAAUGAUCAGAGAAACGACGAGAGGGAACAGCUUCUGAGGGAGAUCGAGAACUUGGCCAUCGACGGAAGAUCGCCGGAUCGUAAGAUCAGGGCGAUGAUCGAUCGGUUCAGGUCUCGGGAGGACGACAAGCUGAAGUCUCGGAUAGAGCGCGAGUGCUCGCGCAGUCCGGAGAAGAUUCGAGUGGACCGUGCCAACGAGCCUAAAUCACGAGACCACGAAAGAUACGAGCAGGAGGACGAUGGCAGAAAUCGGUCGGCGGAUCGAGAGACGGAGAGGAAACUCGCGGAGAGAACUCACCGACGACCGAGCAGAGAAGCGGACGACGAGGUUUCGCGAAGGAGAAGAAAUCACGCGUACGACAGCAAUCCGGAGGAUUUCGACGUGCGUAUACAGAGGUACGAGAGAGCUGUCGUGGAGCCCAGAAGAGAUCUGGAAUCGUUUAGGCGCGUUUCGUUGAAAGAUUCGACCGCUGACUUGGGAAGGAAGGACUCGUUGAAGGAUCACGAUCGACAAGUGACGAGGAAGAGUUCGUUCGAGGUGUCCGGCGACACGAGGAGGAGCCACUCUCGAGACAGAGAGUCCAGCCUGAGCAGAAAAACGUCCCUCAAGGGCCAGGAGAACGAUCCGUGCAGAAAGAACUCGUUCAAGAAUCAGGACCAGCUGGAGAGAAAGUAUUUUGGAGGAAGGGACACGAAGCACGUCUCGCGAAAGAGCUCGUCGAGGGAGCAGAAUUCGGAUUACGGGAGAAUUCUGCCGAGGAAUCGCGACGACACCGAACAGGAGAGGAAACGUUCGUUGAAGGGGCACGCCGACGGAGUCAGUAGGAUCACUUUCAAAGAGCAGGACUACGAUUCGAUUGGAUCGGUUCGCUCGUGCAGAGAUCGGGAGGACGUCGGUCUGAAAGUCGGCUUCAAAGAUCGUUCCGAUUCGGCCCGAAGGAACUCGUUCAAAGAAAAGACGGUCGAGUUUGGCGGGAUUUGCUGCAAAGACGGUGUCGACGGCGACGAUCUUCGAAACUUGGACGAGCCGAGAAAGGGGCAGUCGCCAAAUGGACGGUACGUCGAGUUGGGCAGUGGUGUCGUCUCGUUUCGUAGUCAAGGCGACGAGGAGAUUCGAACGAGGAGUCCGCCGAACGAUUCGGAGAAGAGGCGACGGUCUCCGAGGGGGAAGAAUCAGGAUGCCGUGGAGAAACGAUCGGACAGACACUCGAGACCGUUGACACCGCCGAAACGGGACGAGUUGCGGAUCGAGUGUCGAGAGGACACUAGCAACGGCCGCGAGCCGGAAUUCGACAGCAAGUCGUGGCACGAGAGCAACCGGAUCUUCGCCGCCAGGUACUUCCGCGAGAACAGCAGCAGAUACCGUGCGAAUCCGGACGGUCGUUCGGAGAUCGAUCGAGAUCCGUCGCCGGAAACGCGAGGUUUCCGCUCGACGGAGAUCGACAGCGGUUCGAGACGCGGCCGCGCGAAAUUGGAAACGCACUCUGGUGACUCGAAUCGGGAGCGAGAUUCGGAGAGCAGAUGCACGUCGACGACGCACGAGAGAAACGGGGCGACGAUCAUCAGGAUUCGAACGAGCCCGGAGACGGCUGUCGAGAGGAGACGUCGGCGUCGUCCUCUGCAGGACACGCACGCCGGAAGGAGGACACGGCGUUACGAGGCGGAGGACGAAGCGGACAGCGACGAGGAUGACGAAGAGGAAGAGGAGCGGGAGGAUCAUCGUCGACAGAGAGAAUCGAGCCGCGGAGAGGAUCGAGACGGUUCUAUAGCGUCGGGAAGAGGCGUUUCCACACCUUCGAGAAGAGUCUGGAACUACCGUGAAGGGGGUGUCCUGAUCACGGACGUGGAGGAGGGCCAACCUUGCCUGCAGUGCGGUGAUACGUGUUCAGGAUUCUCGCCUCACACGUGGAGAAAGAACUGCACCAGUUGCAAGUGCCCGCGUGAGGCGCACGAUGUGUGCCACGAGGAAUGGGCGUCGGUCAGGUCUCGUUUGGGCCUGAAAGGCGAGGAGUCCUCGCACCCGAUCGUUUUCGACCCGAGGUCAAAGGGCCUCGCCUGGGCACCUCCUGGCCUACCAGCUGAGAAGGUGGAGGAGUAUUUCUCGAUGCUGCCAGAAAUAUCCGUGCCCAGGUUAGGCACGCCUGGUGAACGAUACAGGGACCGACAAUUGGCGAUUCAAUUGCCUAAGCAGGACUUAGCCACAGCUUAUUGUCGCCAUUUGAAUCCGAAACACGUCAACAGCGCCGACGACUUUAUGACGGCAAGGAACGAGAUCGCGUUGGACAUCGGAAGCGUGCAGGAAAUACUCGAGACAGAUAUCAAGCCGUUCUGCGGCGCGUGUGACUCGCUGUUGUCAUAUGGCAGUCUCGUCGUGUCAGCGAGCAAGUUGGAGCUCUUCUAUCAUCCUGCCUGUUUCCGGUGCACAGAAUGUAAGGAACUUCUCGUUGAUCUCGCCUACUGCGUCCACGACAACACUCUGUUCUGCGAGAGGCACUACGCCGAACAGCUGAAACCCAGGUGCGCGGCUUGCGACGAGUUGAUUUUCAGUGGCGAGUACACGAAGGCGAUGAACAAGGACUGGCACAGCGGCCACUUCUGUUGCUGGCAGUGCGACGAGUCUUUGACCGGGCAACGCUACGUGCUGAGGGACGAGCACCCUUACUGCAUCAAGUGCUACGAGAGCGUUUUCGCCAAUGGCUGCGAGGAGUGCAACAAAAUCAUCGGUAUCGACUCGAAGGACUUGUCGUACAAGGAUAAGCACUGGCACGAGGCGUGCUUCCUCUGCAACAGGUGCAGAGUGUCCUUGGUGGACAAGCAGUUCGGUAGCAAGGUGGACAAGAUCUACUGCGGCAACUGCUACGACGCCCAGUUCGCCAGCCGUUGCGAUGGAUGCGGCGAGAUCUUCCGUGCUGGUACGAAGAAGAUGGAGUACAAGACCAGGCAGUGGCACGAGAAGUGCUUCUGCUGCGUGGUCUGCAAGAAUCCGAUCGGCACGAAGAGCUUCAUUCCGCGCGAGCAGGAGAUUUAUUGCGCCGCGUGCUACGAGGACAAGUUCGCCACCCGAUGCGUCAAGUGCAACAAGAUCAUCACCAGCGGCGGCGUGACGUACAAGAACGAGCCGUGGCACAGGGACUGCUUCACCUGUAGCAACUGCAACAAUUCACUGGCUGGCCAGCGAUUCACGUCUCGCAACGACAAGCCCUACUGCGCCGAGUGCUUCGGAGAACUGUUCGCCAAGAGAUGCACCGCCUGCUCUAAACCGAUCACUGGCAUUGGCGGCACCCGCUUCAUCUCAUUCGAGGACAGGCAUUGGCACAACGAUUGUUUCAUCUGCGCGGGCUGCAAGACCUCGCUGGUCGGCCGCGGAUUCAUCACCGACGGCGAGGACAUCAUCUGCCCGGAUUGCGCCAAGAUGAAGGUGAUGUAAAAGAAGAGAAGAGCGCGAGGACAUCGAACGAAGAAGAACGAACGAGAAGAAGGGGAGAGGGAGUAAGGAGUAAGGAGACGAGAAAUUAUAUCAAAAAGGCCUAACACGGCGUUGUCCAGUCUGUACACGUGGGAAUAGUAACCAUCCUCGCCGAAGGAAACCACUAGCCAGGAGGCGAGGAAGAUCUCCGCUUCGAGAAGAGAAUGAAACGAAGAAGGAUCAACGAUCGGAAGAUGGUUCAUUGCCAUCUCUCGAACGCGGGCGGAUGUCGCGAAUGAAAAAUUACCGUGUUUCUCUUUCUUCCACCCCUUGGAUUAUAUUUUCAGGAAACAUGCACGCGUACGCACAUAGUACGUACAAGCAGAGAGAAACACGGUGCUUUUUUUACCACCAUCCCUCCCUGCGAUCUAUUUUUUUUUUUUUUUUUCUUCUUUCGAGAGUUUCCUCGAUUCUUCUCGAUCGGCUCGACAGUUUUCUCGAAGCAGAGGGGAGCACGCGAGCAGACAGACACACGACGAGGGUUAUACUUCCUAGCUUCGUAGUUUUUAGAGGCCAUUUUUAGUCACUUGCGAUUGUGAUUUCGAUUUCUCCUUCGCGUCGUCAAACGGGGGGGGGGGGGGGGGAGAACCAAACGCGCGCGGCCGCGAGUCGAGGAGGAGAAAGACGCCUUUACGAGAAAGAAGUUGAGAGAAUCAAAACGCAUGCCUUAACGUAUAGUUACUGUCGUCCGGUUGUUAGACCGUCGGUGUUAGAAAUGUCGGAACGAAAUGCCGCGUAGCUGCAUUGUCGUGGCAUUGUUAAACGUUAUUGUUCUUUUUUUCUUUUCGCUUUGCGCAACGAUGCGAGAAACGAGCGACGCGCGUGGACAACCAGCGAGUCGAGGGGGGAAAAGAAUGGAAGAUCCUAUAUAUUCAUACGGGACUAAAUUUGAUAAUAAUAACGUUAUUUUUAUUUAACUGAAACUCACACGUACACACGCGACACAGUCUCACACACACGUACACACGAGUUUUCUCUCCCUUUCUCUCUCUCUCUCUCUCUCACUCACUCACUCUCUCUUUCUGUCUCUCUGUAUCUAUCUACUUUUAUUCGUCGUUCCGCGAUAUUGUACAGUAACACACUCGUGCAAAAUUAUAAGUAUAUAACGAACGACUAGAUCAAACGACGGGGCUGCAUAAUGUAAUUGUUCCAAAGGCAAUACGAAAUCUUUCAAAUUCAAAAGUGUCUUCGACACGGCGGACUUUUAAGUAGUUCGAAUUUUGUAACAAAUUAAAUCCGUAGCUUUCCCAUAAUUCUUAACUCUUGUACGAUCCUAACUUCACACGAGUAGACGCAAGUACACGGUAUUCGCGAGUGCGUGGACGUGGGAAUUUCAACUGCGACCGGCCAUCCUGCUCGAUCGUUGCAUCUUUCUUUUUUCUCGAGCAGGAAAGCUGGCCGGCGAUUGAAACGAUCUCGUAUCCGCGAGCGUUCUUCCAUGCUUUGACCGCGUCGAACCGAGAGAAAAUGAUAAAGAAUUGCAAUAAAAAGAUUAAAAAGAAAAAAGAAAAAGAAAGAAAGGAGCAAACUGAACAAAGAGAAAGAGGAUUCAUAAUACACACGCAUUCACGACACACACGCAUGCCGAACGAGUGUGCGAACACGCACACGCGGAGAAAUACACUAAAUUGUGGCCUUAUCCGCACGAGUACAUAGAAAUAAGAGAGAGGACAAGAAAAAAAGAAAAAAAGAAAAAAAAAGAAACUAACGUUUUGCGAAUGACAAUUAGUUUGUUGAAUAUGGUACUGUCUGUGGUAGGGACGUAUUAUCGUCGAGAAGAGAAAGAACGACCGUGCAACGGUGAAAUGAGCUAACAAACGGGAAUGAAACGAUGAGAAGAAGCGGCGAGAAGAAAGAAAAUGAAAGAAAAAAAAAAGGAUAUCGCGACGACCAAUAAAAAAAGUACACGUGCUAUAUAAUAUAUGUUCUUACCGAUCACUCACAUACUAAUCGCCUUAAUUAG